UGAGAGCGGGCGUCCUGUUUAAAAGUCGUUAACGGUUCCGACGCGUCGUCCCGGUUCCCGGUUCCUCGACCAGCUGAUGUUUACUUCUUUGUUCUUCAUGGAUUCAUGUUGACGUCUCCGUGGGAACGGAUUCUCCGAGGAGGAGAGAGAAGAAUCCAUCUUAUCUCCGUGCUCCUGCUCCUCCCGCUGUUGGAAGAGCUGCUUCCGGUUUCUCUCCUCCUCCUCGACCUGAAGCUGUGAACAAGAUGGACGCCCUGGAUUUCUCCGAAGAGGAGAUUCAAGAGCAGCUGGCGAUCCUCGGCUACAGGAACAUACCGGAACACAGGCUGCACGAGUUCAAGCAAGAUCUCGAUGAUCUGAUUCGACGUGGAGAAUGGAAAAGCCUGACGUCGCCCAAACAGAUGGACGCCAGCUCUCCUCACCCAGCGUCACAUCAGCCGAGUCCUCCUCCCUACACCAAAGAGAAAGUCAGUCAGUGCUACUUUCAAAGCAGUGACCAGGGAUUUUUCUUACAUUCGUCCAAAACGGACCAUGAAAGUCAGGUGCACAACACCAGUCAGAUCAGACGAGGUGAGCAGCAGCAGGGAAACCGGGACUCGUACGCCCGAUACUCCGUGGCUCCAAAGCUCCAGCUGCCCUCUGGAGCCCCCUGCAGGCGGCAGGUGGAACAGGACCCCGAGGACCUCCUCCACCCGUCACUCACAGACAGCUCCACAUCUCCCCCUCACUCCCAGGGGCGACGCUUAAUCAAGAGGAAAGUCCUCAGGAAACAUGAAGGCCAAUCGCUGGUCUGUGAUGAAUCGUUCUUCAGUGAAGACUCAGCGAGCUGUCUGGAGGAAGGACUGGCGGAGCUUCACGUGUCCUCGUCCACUCAACAGGACUUUGAGACGGAGAACGAAGACGUCCCCAGUCACAGCUCGGAGGAGGACCGGAUCUCGCUGAGUGCUUUUGAAUCCUACAUCAGCGGCAUGACUGAAUCUGAAAGUGAAUACGACCUCAGACCCAAACCCAAAUCCUUCAUCCGACCAGCGAUGAAUCAGCAGAACCUAAAGAAAACCGACCCAGUGACCAAAUAUUUCCAGUACAAGCAGUUCUGGGAAGCGUUCAAAGUCCCGGGAGAGAGAGACCGACGAGCUCUGCGCUGGGAGAUCAGGGAACGUCUCGCACACGAGCCUCCACCCACUAAACCUCGGAGGGUUCUGGAGCCGAACACCUACACCGUGCCGACGGAGAAGAAGCGAGCGGCGCUCCGCUGGGAGGUCCGGAGCCACUUAGCCAACGGCCUCAUUCCUCACAAGCUCAGUCAUGGAUUUUAGACCUUUCUGCCUUUCAGAUACUUUUAUAAAACUUUGUACUGUUUUUUAAAUUUCUUUUUUAAUCACAUUAUUUAUUCAUGACUUUUGUACAUAUUUGAAAUAUAAUAAAGACAAAGAGAAA